AUGAAAAGGAUUUCCCAAGGUGUUAGGGAACCAUACCGUCUACGGACUACAUGUCACCCACUACACACCGAUUACAUAUUCUGUGAAGUGCUAAAAGAGUUUGGUGACUGUGUUGAAGUUAUCUUUGCUGAUGGAGAAGCAGAUCCCGAGACUGCCUCCCUUGCCAACCAUUAUCGCUGUCCUGUGCUUGCAAAUGAUUCUGAUUAUUUUAUGUUCAACCUUGAUGAAGGAUAUAUUCCAUUGGAUACAAAACUGUUUAAAUGGAAACCUGAAGGGGAAAUUGAGGCAAAACGAUAUUUGUUGUCUAAAUUUAAAAAUGAGUUUAAAGAUCCCGAACUGGUUUUUUUAAUUCCUGCCAUCAUUGGAAAUGAUUUCAUUAAACCACCAGGAGAAAAUAAAAUUAGUGUAGAGCAGCUAAUUAAUUCUCUGAAAAGCUGUUCCUCAUUAGAAAAAUUCCCGACAAGUGGAACUCAAAAGGAAGUUUCAACAGAAUAUGAUGAGGCAAAGGAGAUGUACUACGUCACUCCAGUCAGCAAAGAAGAGUUGAUGUCAUGUAACACAAAACUGAAUACAGGUAAUGGCAAACCUCUUAGAGGCACACGUAUCAUAGAGGAGUAUCGUCAUGGAAAUCUUGCAGUAUCAGUUCUGACUGUGAUCACUCAAGGCGAGUGUGAGCUACCAAUGAUGAUAGAUGAUCCUGAGCAAGCCUCAUCAGUAUUGAUUGGAAGAGAAAUAAGGAAAAGCAUCUACAGGAUUGUAGCACCAUGCUUACUGGAAGAUGAAAAUGGAGUGAAGAAAGUGAAAGAAAUAUAUCGCAACACUUCUUGUGAUGGAUUAGAAAUUAAGUAUGUUGAGCUGAGCAGAGAUGAAUGUCUAAGAUCAUCAUGCUCCAUUGAUGAAAUACCACGACUAAAACCUGAAGAAAAGAUAGAGAUACUCUGUACAGCAAUAGAGGUGGAUCUUAGAAAGCUGGGACAGUUUGAAGAUGAAUGGAAACUAAUUGCAUUGUCAUUGAACUACUGGGUAAGAUAUGCCAAAGUUCCUAAUGAUGCCAAGCCUACAGUGCAACUAAUCCACCCACUUGCUUUGUGUUUUAUCGCUUGCACAGUAUGCCCUUAUGACCCUGCCGUGUUCAUACGUGAAGAUGAAAAAGAUAGCACAGAAGUAAAAUGGAGGGUGAAUUUGCACACCUUUGCACAAUGGAAGUGUGUCUAUGACGAUAUUUUUGAUCUGAACAGCUUACUCAUGAAUCCACUUCCAUUCAAAUCUUUUGCUUCUAUAUUCAAUGGAAGGCUCCUCAUGCAUUAUACCAACUUAACAUAUGGGGCAUUUGUGCAGGAAAAAACAAGGCUCUUUGAAAUGAACAAUAAAAAGGACUGGAAGUCUCUGUAUAAAUUACUGGUUGAUCUUAGACUUUGA